CAGGAAGCCCCGCCGGGUGCCGCCUUUCUGAAGUCUCCAGACCGGACGGGAGGCUCAGGACACCUUUGGCGACCUUCCUUCCCCAGUAAGAGGCCUUUCUAGACACCAUGUGACCUGGGAGGUACCUCAGCCUUCAAGGGGUUCCUUUAUUGAGAAUCAAUGCCUGCUCCUAGGUAAUUGAUCACUGGAGACCCAGGGACACUCAAUUCAUCCUGGAGGGAAGAGUAAUCAUCAUGAAUAAUCAAAAAGCUGUACUUGCGCUCCUGCAAGAGUGCAAGCAAGUGCUGGACCACCUCUUGUUGGAGGCGCCAGAUGUGACAGCAGAGGACAAGAGCGAGGACAAGCGGUGCAGAGCUUCCCUCCCCAGCGAGUUAAGGACCCUGAUCCAGGAGGCAAAGGAAAUGAAGUGGCCCUUCGUGCCUGAGAAGUGGCAGUACAAACAAGCCCUGAGCACAGAGGACAAAAUCAACCUGCAGGAUGUGAUUGGCGCCAGGCUUCAGCAGUUACUGGAAUCCCUGCGAGCCUCCAUCGGCGCCCGGGACUGCGAGGCCGCCGCGGCUCUGCUCUUCGUGAUGGACCGGUUCCUGUACGGGCUCGACGCCUCCCAGGAGCUCCUGCAGGUCGCCAAGGGGCUCCAUAAGUUGCAGCCCGCCACGCCCAUCGCCCCGCAGGUGGUGAUCCGCCAGGCCCGCGUCUCGGUGAACUCAGGAAAACUUUUAAAAGCAGAGUAUAUCCUGAGCAGUCUGAUAAGCAACAAUGGAGCCACAGGUACCUGGCUGUAUAGAAAUGAAAGUGACAGGACUCUGGUGCAGUCAGUGUGUAUACAGAUCAGAGGGCAAAUUCUACAGAAGUUGGGCAUGUGGUAUGAAGCAGCAGAGUUGAUUUGGGCCUCAAUUAUUGGCUACUUGACACUCCCCCAUCCAGAUAAAAAGGGUAUUUCUACAUCACUGGGUAUACUGGCAGACAUCUUUGUUUCCAUGAGCAAAAUAGAUUAUGAAAAGUUUAAAAACAACCCACAGAUUGACUUGAGCUUGCUCAAGGAGUUUGACCACCAUUUGCUGUCAGCCGCAGAAGCCUGUAAGCUGGCAGCUGCCUUCAGUGCCUACACACCUCUGUUCGUGCUCACGGCUAUGAACAUCCGUGGCACAUGCUUACUGUCCUAUAGCAGUUCCAACGACUGUCCUCCAGAGAUGAAAACUCCUUAUCUGUGUGAGGCCAAAGAGGCUUUUGAGAUCGGCCUCCUGACCAGGGGAGCCGGCGAGCCCGUGGGCGGGAAGCAGGAGCUGCACAGCUUGCUGAAGGCGGCCUUCGGGCUCGCCACGGCGCAGCGCAGGCUCGGCGGGGACCCCGAGGCCGGCGCGGCCGCUCAGCUCUGCGCCCACGCUCUGCGGAAGCUCUACGCCUUCGGCUCGGCCCGCACUAGCCAGGGCAGAGAAGCGCUGGCGCAGGAAAUCAUGUCUGCUGUCCACCAGGUGAAGGAACGCUUGCAGGUUCAAAGCUUCCCCAAAUCAGAUGACAGGUCCUACGUUCCAGAGAGCUUCAAGGGCAGACUGGAUAAACCCAUCUCACGUGGGCAAGUGGACUUCCAGAAAAUCCUUGAAGCCUGUUCCCAGCACCAUAGUUCGGUGUGCGAGUUUUAUGAAAGCACGUGUAGCGACAACAAAGGUAAACAGAAAGGCACAAAAUCAAGACUCUGUAUCACCACUCUAAAAACAGAGACAAACACCAUGGAUACUGUGAGUACCACUCAAGAGAAACCAUGCUCCCGGGAGAGCAGGCUAGCUUCCUCCCACCUGGCUAAGAAGAGUCCGGAGGAGCCCGCGAGGAUGGGAGGGAGGAACUGGGUCCCUUCUGCUGCAUUUCGAGUUUCCCUGGAUCAGGAUGGAGAGACGGAGACUGAGCCGCCCAGCCACAGCAAUCUCACAGCAGAUGUUCCGAGUAAGUCUCUGAGUGACAGCCAGAGCUCCAGUAGUUGGAGCAAGUUCUCAGGGCUCAGUUCUUCUACAAGCUGGGAGGAAGUGAAUGGUCAUGUUGAAGAGAGGUCAGCCAGAGCUCACUGUAAUGGAGAGUAUCUGGUGGACACUCAGUGUUCAACUGCCUUGUCAGAGGAGCUGGAGAACAGCAAGGAAGGUCAUGGUAGCUCUCUCCAGGCAACCAAGGACCACAGCUUCGAGUCUUCCCAAAGUCAGUUGUACAGACACAUGCCCUUGCCAGCCACCCCUUCUCUUCACACAGCAACGGCUCACUUGGCUGCUGGUGCGGGACUGUUAGAAGGAGCUUGGGAAGCUACUGAGGAAGUCAAAGAUGGAAGACCUGGAAAUGAAUCAACUCAGUCCAGCUUCUCAUGUACUUUCGCUUCUUGGUCUUCACCUGGUUCUGGGAGGUUCAAAGACAUGGCCAAAUAUCCUUUAGCCCAAGAAGAAGACAAAUUUGAAAUAAUUGAUGAUUUUCUAGAAACCAGUUGUGUCGUUAAAGACUGUCAUGGGGGAAAGAAAGGGAAAGAUCUCCAGGAAAGAUUCACAGGCCCAGCACCUACAGAUAGUCCUUCCCGGACAGACCCAGAAGGAGAAACAGCAGAAGGCACAGAAGAUGAGCCCUCACACUCUCCUGUAGUCAUGGGAGACUCAGGGAGCACCAGUUCCAUGUUGGCAUGUAGAGCUUUCACUUAUCAAAGGCCUGUUCAAAAGCUUGACUCAGGAAAGACUAGCAGUUCCGUCCAAGACCAAGAUGUUGACUUUGAUGCCUCUACAGUAGAAAAACAAAGCCAACUGUCUGACAGCACACAUGUCUACUCCACUGGCAGAUAUGGCUGUCCUGGACCAGGUGCCCUAAAGCAGCUACCAAGUCACAGGGCCAAGGUGCCCAGUUCAUCCAUAAAUCCUGAUAAUCCCUUCCCUGGCCCCAGUGAGGAUUGCACCACAACAGAGGAAGGAAACGCAUCAGAAAGUAGGCUAAACUGCAGCCAGAACUCCAGCUCCUCCCCACUGUGGUGGCUGAGAUCGUCUGCAUUUUCCAGUGGUUCUUCUGAGGGGGAAAGCUCAUGGUCCCUUCUGAAUUCCAGAGGAAGUUCUUUCAUCUCAUUACCAGGAAAGACCAGGCAGGAGAUCCUUGAGGCUCGCACCCUAAAGCCUGAUGAUUUUGCAAAACUCUUGGCGGGAGUAAGACAUGACUGGCUACUUCAGAGGCUGGAGAAUACAGGAAUUUUUAAACCCACUCAACUCCAACAAGCCCACAAUGCCCUUUUGCUGAAAUAUUCCAAAAAGUCUGAGCUGUGGACAGCCCAGGAAACUAUUGUGUAUUUGGGGGACUACCUGAAGGUGAAGAAGAAAGGCAAGCAGAGGAAUGCAUUUUGGGUCCACUAUCUUCAUCAAGAGGAAACUCUGGGGAGAUAUGUUGGAAAAGAAUAUAAAGAGCAGAAGGGGCUCCGGCACCACUUCACUGAUGUGGAGCGGCAGAUGACUGCACAAUACUAUGUGACAGAGUUUAACAAGCGACUAUAUGAGCAAAAGAUUCCAACACAGAUCUUCUACAUCCCAUCCAGAAUAUUACUGAUUUUGGAAGGCAAGAUAAUAAAGGGAUGUAUCAGUGUGGAACCUUAUAUACUGGGAGAAUUUGUAAAGUUAUCAAAUAACACAAAAGUGGUCAAAACAGAAUACAAAGCCACAGAAUAUGGACUGGCUUAUGGCCACUUCUCUUAUGAGUUUUCUAAUCAUAGAGACAUUGUGGUUGAUUUACAAGGCUGGGUGACUGGUAAUGGAAAAGGGCUCAUCUACCUCACAGAUCCUCAGAUUCACUCUAUUGAUCAGAAAGGCAUCACUACUAAUUUUGGAAAGAAGGGGAUUUUUUACUUCUUCAAUAAUCAACAUGCAAGCUGUAAUGAGAUAUGUCAUCGUCUCUCUUUGACUAGACCUUUAAUUGAGACACCAAGUAAAACAGACCAUGGGUUGGCCAUAUGACAGACCUUCCUGCUCACCAAUGUCAGGAGUCCCCUCCUUCCAGGCUGUGACAACCUUAUACUCACCAGUGUCACUUUUUCCCACCUUCCAGGCACACAGAACAUGGAAUGAGCUGAUUCUGGGAGCUCAGGUGGCCAUAGGCUAAUUCUGGCCAAUGAUUUGUAAGAGGAAUUGACCAGUUUCAAUUUCAGUCUGUACUUGAUUGCCAGGACAGGAUCCUGCAGUGUCUCUUUCCCUCUGCCACAGUCCAAGAACAUGCCAGGAGGUGAAGUCACAAUGGUAAAGGGUUCCAACCAACUGACAAUGGAAGCAAAGCUCUGCUGAGAAAUAAACUUUUGUCUUUAAACUGCUGAGAUUUGGGAAAUUUUUUUGUCACUAACUA